GCAGCGCAUCUUUGCUUGGAUGUGCACGAACAGGCCAUGGAUGCCCAAUGCUGGCUACACCACGUCCAUUUUGGACGGAAGAGUAGGCCAAAAGCAUGGCGCCCAGGUGGUGUGCUUCCACCACCAGGAGUACCACGGCAACAGGCCUUACUACGCUUGGCAAAACGAGCAGCAGAGGGUCACCCUUUGAGUCUGGAGGAGAUGGAGAGCACGUCCUUGGCAACAGAUUUCAAGAGUUUACGAGUGAAUUCCUCGCUCCAGCAAUUAUCUUUGGACAAAGCCGGUCUUGUAUGGAAUGGGCCGACAGAAACGCUCCCGGUGAUUCCGUUGCUUUUGGCAGAUGUCGUAUAUGCACCCGUCAACCAGAGGCAGCCGAGGCAAACUAUACCUUUAGCCACUCAUGUGGUCGUCCUUGCACCACGACCAAAGGGCGAAGAACAUCGAGAGGUGUGGCUGCUUUGUGUCGUUGCCAAAGCUGGUCUGCAGGGCUUGCUGGGUCGGCUCGCGCGGCGUGGCUGUCUUCGCUGGGACUUGACAGACUGCUUCAAAAUAUCGAAGUCCUGUCAGGGUCAGGGAGGCCAAGGUGCUGUGUUCAGUGGAGUGAACGUUGGGCCCUUGGAACCUCCGAGGAUGCUUCAGGAAUCUUCGGACAUGAUCUGCUUGGAGAGUGCCCACAACUUUAAUGACAUCGCAGCGAAGGUGUGGAACAAAGACAAUGAAGAGUCGAUCAGACAGGAGGUCUGCUUCAUGCAACAGGCUGGUGGCCAUCCCAACAUCUCUGUGAUGCUGGGCCUUUUCUGCGCCGAAUCGCCAGGUGGUCAACUUCGAUGGGCUCUCAUCAUGGAACUAUGUCCUGGUGGGGAUGUCCAUCAGCAUGCAAAUGGCUGUGGCCUAAAACCGCACACAGCUACGGAGGUCCUUUUUGGAGUCCUUUCCGCCUUGAUCCAUCUGCACAGUCUCCGAAUCAUCCAUCGAGAUGUCAAGGCAGAAAAUGUGAUGAUCAACUGCGACCAUGCGGUGUUGGUGGACUUUGGAAUUGCGGCAUUCCUACAUGAUGCAGCGGCAAUGAAGGCGUGUGUUGGAUCACCCGGGUAUGCAGCGCCAGAGGUCAUCCAAGGGCGACCAUACAACGAGGCGGUGGAUCUCUUCUCCACUGGAGUGCUGUUGUACUUCAUGCUGUAUGGCAAGUUGCCCUUCGAUGGCACCAACUCGAAGGACAUUAUGCACAAGACGGUGCAUUGUGACGUGAUCUAUCCCGAAAAAGAGGCCCCUGUCUCUCCAAAGCUGCUUUUCUUACUGAAGCAGAUGCUGGAGAAGAAGCCACGCAGACGACCCCCCGCGCGGGAGUGUUUCAAGCAAUUGUGUGAUUUGUCCUCGGCAGACUCGUUGAAGUCGGGCGCUUUCAAGAUUAGCUUGGCGGGCCUGGUGGAACUAGGUCACAUGGAGAAGCCUGCUGACGGGAGUCUGGAUGAUGUGCUUGCAAAACAAGGACAAUCAGAAAAAACGGCGCCGCUUGCGGUAUCUGAGAGAAGUCAGGAUUCAUCUUCGCUUUCGAAAACGCAGCAGGUGGAUUUGGCUCAGAUGCCAGUGGCCUUGGGAAAGAUCAGCACUCGGAUAAGCCAAUGUCUUAUGCGCAGUGUGAGGCAUGUGCCGCAGUUCUUCCGGAAUGUGUCUGAUCGAGUUGCCUCGUCCAUGUCAGGAGCACCAAUGGCACCUCCAUCUCACAGCUCCCUGCAGUCUUUGGAAUCUGUAGAAAGCGUUAUAGCAGAGGCCGUGGUGCAACGUUCAAAGACAGAUGGCGCUGCGGUUGCAUCUGAGGAACAACCUGAGCAGCCCCACGCAAGAUUUUCGCAGGCACCACCAGCUCAACUUCGUGCCCAAUCUCACCAGGAAGUGCAAAAGGUGAGGCGUUUGCAUCUGCAACCACGUAUGAAAAUGGCGGAGGCCAGAAGUCCAAUAAAGGUUGACUUCAGCGAAUCAGAGGAUGAGGCCCCUCCGAUGGUGCAGCCACGCUCAAAGAUGACUGCUGAGCAGGCUGUGCUGGAGGCGCCGCCUGUGCAGCCACGCUCGAAAUCAUCGCAGGCAUCAAGCGUUCAACCGCAUACGCAGUCUUACCAGGCCCAGUGUAGCCCGGAUGAGAUGAGAUUACCGUCGGCCAAGUCUGUAGAGGCCCCUCCGAUGGUGCAGCCACGCUCAAAGACGACUGCUGAGCAGGCUGUGCUGGAGGCGCCGCCUGUGCAGCCACGCUCGAAAUCAUCGCAGGCAUCAAGCGUUCAACCGCAUACGCAGUCUUACCAGGCCCAGUGUAGCCCGGAUGAGAUGAGAUUACCGCCGGCCAAGUCUGUAGAGGCCAGAAGUCCAAUAAAGGUUGACUUCAGCGAAUCAGAGGAUGAGGCCAUGUGA